GGAAUGUAUUUGUGGCUAUGCAUUUUCCUGUUGCAGCACAGUCAAUAACACCUCAUGCUGUUGUUGUCUGCAAUCAUGUUAACAUUUGUAACACAUCUUUCAGGGUUGGGAGGGAGAUGCUGGAAGUAAUAAGAGCUCCCCUGAAGAGAAUGUCUGUCUUUGAUGCUGGGAGCAGCCUUACAUCUCAUUCAUGAAUGAAAGAGAAACGUGCCUGGAUGAUAGCUUGACUAACAUUCAGUGGUUAGGAAACUUAUCUUGUGACAGCUUAGUUCCAAAGUUAGAAGAAAAGAAAACUAUUGAAAACAAGCCAGUUAAGCCACCAAAAUCUUCACGUUGUGAGCGACCACCACACUCCUAUUCAGAAAUUAUUCAAAUGGCUAUCGGCAGUAAGCCUACAGGAAGGAUGACCUUGCAGGAAAUUUAUACAUGGAUAGAGGACAAUUUCCCAUUUUACAGGAACCGUGCCAAUAGUAGAUGGAAGAACUCCAUUCGGCACAAUCUCUCGUUGUAUGAUAUAUUUGUACGUCACAGAGACAAGAAUAGCAAGGUUGCCUACUGGUCAGUUAAACCAAACCCAGAUCAGAACAAUGGUUCCCUUACACUGAAACCAAGUCCAAGUGAGACUGCAGCAACAGUUUAUUCAUUGAAAGCAGAAAGUAAAGUGAAGAAAAUGAAACCUUUACUUCCACGUGAUUUUGCAUCAACUAUUGAACCUGUUCCAGUAGCUCUUAUCAUCAAUGCUUCUGUAGUUUGUCAUCAACCGGUUCCAUCAUAUGGUACAUCAGGCAAAACAAAGCCAGUAAGGAAAAGACUUCCUUUGGCACCAAAGCUUGUAACAGCUGUUCAGCAGAACCCUGAGGUUUUGUUUCCACCCAAAGAAUUGGGCCCUCAAGCAGUCUGCAUUAACCCAAGCAGUGUAGAACAAAUUGUUGCUAAACGAUGGAAGAAGACUGCAACUGAGCAGCAGUCCAGUAACAAAAGGAAACAAAAGCUUUGGACACUUCAAGAGUUUAGUCCACCUGUUCCAGAUUGCUGCACUUCAGAGACUGAUUCUGGUUUAGAAUUUGAUAAAAUGAGCUUUGUACAAGAACUGCUUACUGAAGAUGAAAAAGGUUCUCCGUUUGAAACACCAAUGAAAAAAGGGCAGUCAGUGGGUGUAGCUACAUCAACUCCAUGCCAAGAAAAGCAUAGCUUAUCUCCUGGUGAAAUGUUGCUCAACUGGAAAGUCCGGACUCCUCCAGGAACUGGAAAUGGAUUACUGGAUAGCAGCUUAUUCAGAUCCCCCACUUCUGGAAGUUUAGGUUAUAGUAGUCUUGGCUUUACCCCACUUCCAAGUAACGGAGGUGAUAUGGACACUGAGAGUAAUGAGAAAGAUAUAGUUGAACUGGGACUUCUUGGUUGCAGUCCAAUUAAAGAGAAUGGUCCCAUAGAUACACUUGGUAAUGAUCAACAGACUGACAGUUGUGUUAAAAUAUUUUCUGAUUUUAGUCUUCCAAGUAUAGGUGAUGGAUUGGGUAUAGCUAAUGUCAGCUGGGCUCCCAUUUCCCACAGCUGACCAGUCAUUAUAUAGUUAAUUGUGACAAAAUCAUGGAGUAAUAUUGUGUGAAACAGUUCACCCCAGCCCAAUGUACAAUUACUCCGAAAACAGGGGAGCUAUUUAUUUAUUUUUAUUUUAUUGUGCUGCUACUCGGUAUUAAGUUGCUGGAAUAUUGACAUAAUUUAACAGACUUGCAAGCUAACAAAAUGAUGCGCCUUUUUUUCAUAAAACAUUAGAUGCUGUACUAAAUUAUGUCACUAUUUGUCAGGUGAAUGAACUUCUGUUUACAUUUAGAUUUGGGUAGCAGUACUGUUUGUGUGCAUCUCCACCAGCUGCAUGAACUGAAAAGCAAAAAGUUCUGUCAGUUAUAGCGACUGCGGAUAAGAAUGGCGACUUGGGUUAUUUUCCGUACUCUGGUAAUAAACUGAAAUGAGUCUUGGCAGAAGGAAGCCCAUUUUCUUCAUAACAUAAACUACAGUAUGUGUUACAGCACUCAAAAGGGGAAAGAGAAAUGAAUUGUGGCUGUUCCUGAGGAAUAUAUUGUACAGCAGAUGUUAACUGUUUCUGCCAAAGGUAUUUGGCAUCAGAUUUUUAGUAUCCUCUCCAGUAGUGACCACCGACAUUCAGGCUAUCCACAACAGUAAACUAAAUUGACAGCA